AUUGGACCACCCUCUUACCUUUCUUAGCCAAAUCACCAAAUGAUCUAUUAGAACAAGAAUUUACCAUUCUGCAAAAGAAGUUAACAGAAAUAUUCUAAAAUGGAUCGCAAAUAUUUCAUCAUAAUUUUGUUUUGUGAAUACAUGAACAAUGUAUUUUUCUCAGAGACAAAGGCCAUACCAGAAAAGGAGCCACAAUCUGCUUUAAUUACAUCAUCAGUGCCAUAUAUCUCAACUAAUUCUCAAAACACAACAGGAAAUGCUUUGGAUCAACUAACACAAUUCAACAUUUCUUCUGGACAACCAAUAUCACCUGCCAAAAUCAACGCUGAACAACCAACACCGGCUAUUUAUGUUUCUUCUGGGAAGCCAGCAGCUCACACUUCUGGACAACCUGACAACAUCAUCAGUCUACCAAUUCCAACCAUCAAUACCUCCUUUCUACAAACAGCACCUCCUGUGUUCACCUCUGCUAGACAACUACCAGAUUCUCCCCAUACUUCCACCAAACAACCACUGGAUGUCUUCACUCCCUCUCAACAAUCACCAUUACUUGUUUAUAACUCUUCUAAAACACCAGUGCUACCAACUGUUCAUAAUCUAUCCAUACAGCCAACAUCAACUGUUUACUUACCUAAGACUAUCAAUGUAACGAGGAAUACACCAGUGUUCACCUCAAAACCUACCAGUAACAAAAGAAUUCCACAUAAAACUAAUUAUAAUGCAAUAGCUGCUAUAUUAAUUGGUAUAAUUUUGAUUUCUAUGUUGGUAGCUAUACUGAUGAUCAUCCUAUGGAAAUGUUUGAGAAAACCAGUGUUAAGGGACCAAAAUUGGGCAGGUAGAUCUCCAUUUGCUGAUGGAGAAACUCCUGACAUAUGUAUGGAUAACAUUAGAGAAAAUGAAAUAUCCACGAAACACACAUCAAUUGUUUCACUUAUGACCUGGAAACCAAACAAAAGCACACAUAUAGUAGAUGAUUUAGCAGCUAAGUUGUUUGAAUCAAGUGAAAAUAUUGGAGAUGCCAUCAAUUCCAAAACAGACAAAAUAAAAGAUCCAGGAACUGGCACAUCAGAGGACAGUGCUGACCGAUCAACUAUUGGUACUGCAGUUUCUUCUUCAGAUGAUGCAGAUCUGCCUCUUCCACCACCUCAUUUUGUUGAUGCGGAAGGACAAGACAGGAACCAGUCAGACAAACCCACAAUAACUGCAUCUUCUUGUGCAAAUGAUUCUACUUAUCUUCAACCAUCUCUGGACAGUCUAAAUCAAGCCUAUGAAGAUGAUAAUUCUGAGAACAAACAACCAUUUCCAUCACACUCUGACUUACUUAACUUGCCCUUGCCACUAUAUUUUACCAAGAGUCAAGAAGAUUUCAACAAUGAGAUCCAAUGUCAGGAGUUCUCUAUUCUUCCUGCCUCUGAUCAAGAUCUUACUGAAUCCUUGCCACUGCCACCGCCACCUGAAGAACUGUUGUAAAUACUUUUUGGCUUGUCUUCCAUCCAUGAAUCCAUCUUUUAUUGUUCUUUGUGUGAUGAACAAUAUAAAAUGAAAACUGUAGUCAAUUCUGACUUCUACUCAGGAACUACCUGAAAUGUGCUCAAAGCUUGUAUGUGUAAGCAGAAUGUUUUUCUGUAUUACAGAGAGGGGUUUUUUAACUAUAGUGCUUAUCUUUUUUUGAACUCAGGGCCUGGGUACUGUUCCUGAGCUUCUUUUGCUAAAG